AUGUUUGCAUCUGCUCACGAGCUGCUGCUGUAUCAGCAGACGUUGUGGUCGGAGAUUUGCUCUGGUACUACUACUACAGACGAGACAUUGACGACGGGGUGGAGCGAGCAGAGUAAAGCGCUGAUGCCGCCAUCAGUGUUUGCUAGUGCCGCGUUCGAUCCAGUGCGAGAUUUCCAGCAACAAGGGUUCCUUGAACUGUUUAAAGCAAGUGUGUACACACAACAGAGUCCGAGGAAUGUGGUGCACGUGUUUUCGGACUAUGUGGAGGGAACUUGCCGUGCAGCAGGAGGCAAGGUGGAGAGAGUGAGGACACGGGUGCUCGAGCGAGGCUUUGGAGCUGCGAUUCACUGCUGUGUAAAGCUUGAGGAAUGUUCGCUGGCGUCGCAUUGUUAUGAAGUGAUGGAAAGCACACGAGAGAGGCUCGUUUGUGCUGGGGACGGCUUACCGGUGGACGACGCGAUCGAUGAAGGUGCAGAGAGGGUUGGUAUCGUGGAUGAAGUGCUGCUAGCUGAUGAAAAUAUAUACGUCAACGUGUUGAAAGCAUGUAUGGAGAUCGAGGAUUUCUCCACGUUUAAAGAUGCGUUCCGCGGGAUGGUAGCUCGAGGUGUGGCUCGUAGUGCUGGAUUCGGGUCAGCGAUUCGUUAUUGUCACAAGCAUUUGGAUCCAGUGUUCCUUGAAGAAGUGUUGGACGGGACCGGACCAAGCCAAGGAGCUGUUCUCGCAAAUGCUGAACAACUCGUUGAUAGUGACCGGCAUAUUACGAUGCUUGAGAUGGUGGAGAGUCACUGCAACGCCUCAAUCGAGGAGGUGUUUCAUCUCUUGGACGUGUUUCUUGAGUGGAAGCUAACAUCGAAUCUUCAGGUGUUCACAUCGCUGCUGUCCAUCUACAUGCGCCGUCGUGAAGUAGGCAAUGCUGUUGCGCUCAUUGGUGCGAUGGAAGAGCAUGGUAUCGUUCAGGAUGUGAAGGCAUUAACGACUGUGGCGUUCAUUCAUGCAUCUCGCGGUGACUGA